AUGAACGUUUCCAUUGCUUUGAUGCUGAUAUUCCUCAGUCCUUCAUGUGUCCUUUCUCAAGUCACCCUGGUGCAAUCCGGCCCAGAAAAAGCCAAGCCAGGAGAGUCUAUCAGGCUGACCUGCGCUGUCACCGGAUACGACAUCUCUAGCAACUACUGGUGGAACUGGAUAAGGCAGCCUCCUGGCCAAGGCCUAGAGUGGGUAGGAUAUAUAUCUUAUGUGGAUGGAUCUCAACUGAAUUUUUCUCUUGUUCUUCUCCCAGGGGUUGUUUCGGAAGUCACCCUGGUGGAAUCCGGCCCAGGAACAGCCAAGCCGGGAGAGUCAAUCAGGCUGACCUGCGCUGUCAGUGGAUACUCCAUCUCUAGCGACUACUGGUGGGCCUGGAUAAGACAGCCUCCUGGCAAAGGCCUAGAGUGGAUAGGACAAAUACAUUACGGUGGGAGUAGUACGUACUAUGUGCCCUCUCUCCAAAGCAGGAUUACUAUCUCCAAAGACAACGGCAGGAAUGAGUUCUAUCUGCAGCUGUCCUCCCUGACCGCUGCAGACUCAGCCAUUUACUACUGUGCAAGAGACACAAUAAGAGAGAGGAAAGGAGAGCCCAGACAAAAAAGGGAAGCCCAUUGGUCUAUCAGGCUGACCUGCGCUGUCACUGGAUACGACAUCUCUAGCAACUACUACUGGGGCUGGAUAAGGCAGCCUCCUGGCAAAGGCCUAGAAUGGGUAGCAAGUAUACAUUACGGUGGGAGCACGUACUACGCACCCUCUCUCCAAAGCAGGAUUUCUAUCUCCAAAGACAAUGGCAGGAACGAGUUCUACCUGCUGAUCUCCUCCCUGACCGCUGCAGACUCAGCCACUUACUAUUGUGCAAGACACACAUUAUAA